AUUCUUAACGCCAACGUCUCGGCGUCGUCCACAUCGGUGUCCUUCACUGCAGGCACGUCCGUGGCGCCCACCGUGAUAGCCACAACGCAUGUCGAUGCCACAGCCCCCCCGCCGAAGCAACUUGCGAAAGAACGCCCCGAAGACACCGUCAUAUGCAUCGAUACACAACUCCUUUCAGGCGACAGCAAGCCGUCGAGCAACUGUGGCUGGCAAACCAGGGCACCCAGUCAGCCAGGACCGUGUAGAGCCCAGGGAACCAAGCGUGGUCGAUCGAUGGAGCGGGGCUGGCUCGGCGACGUUGCAUUUUCAGGAAUUGCUGGCACAAAAGGACCAGACGAUCCAAGAAUUUACAGUUGCGUGCACCAAGUACAAGCAAGAUGCCGACACGUUUUGUGCCAAGGCCAUGGAAUGGAAAAAGAAGCACGACGUGGUUGCAAAACAAGUGCUCCAGCUCCAGGCGGACCUCUUCCUCGUGCAGGGGCAGCGCCACGUGCCCCAAACAACCCUAGCCAACGACGCCCCGAUCACCCCUAGAGCCCCCUCAGGAGAGGGAGUCACCGGUACUCUCGCCGUCCAGCCAGCCGCCACGCCUCCCCCCCAAGCCCCAACAUCCAUAGCAUCAGUCGAAAUCUCGGAACUGAAGCAUAUACAUGCCCGAGAGGUUGGCACUCUCAAACAAGAAGUGAGCCGUCUUCAUGAACUCCUCCGGCUUCAUGCAAUGGACACAGCCGCCCAGUCAGACGUCCGCGUUGAAUUCGAGACGUACAGGGCGAUGGCUGAGUCGGAGUUGGCACAGCUCGAAGGGGACCUUGCCCACUUCAAGGCACAAAUUCUCGUGUUGAGCCAAGACAACGCCGACCAGAUGCUGGAGAUCACUGCCAAACAUGCCAUCCACGACUGCGUCCGCUCCGCACAAGAGCGACAGCGGCAAGUUCAGUGGGACCACGACCGACGGACUCUUACCGACUUGCGUGAGAAGAUGGCCCAUCAACAAGUGCGCUUGGCGCAAACCAUGUCUUCGCUGGACUCCCUCCAAGCCGUGUACGAUGAUUUAAGAGCUACCAAGGAACAGCCCCACGACAUGCGACACCCACUCUACGCGUCCCACAACUCGUUGGUGCGAUGCCACGCCCGAGUGGUCGCCCAGGCGCACCAGCAAAAACGCCACAUCCAAAAACUGGUCCAGAAAAAAGCAAUGUUGCAGCAAAAACUUCACGUGAUGGCUGUUGAAGCGAGGGCAAUGCUGGGCGCUGCUCUUGGGGCGGCGCGAACAACGAACCUCCAAAGUCAGCUCGCGACGGUGGACCAAGACUGCCACAGCACGCAAACCGACUUGGCGAUCAUACCAGCCAACUCGCCGACACGGAAAACCGCUGACAACACCACGGCGUCCGAAGCGAAGCUGCUCCAACGUGUCCGAGGACUCCAAGAUUCACUGAUGCGAAGAAAAGUUCGCGAACAGGUCGUGCAAAGCCAGGCACGAGAACUUCGUCGACAGCUCCAAUCUCUACGAUUACCUUUACGGUCGCACCCCGUUCCAACCGCCAACUAUGCAAGCGACAACGACAUGUCGCCAACUCGUCAAGCCGAGCUAUACAAGUAUGCUGUUGACAUGAUUAUGCGAGGACCGAAGAUGAAUCCCACACACUGCAACGCGAAUUCGACCGACUCGAACGAUUGAAACCUGUGUCGUCGCUUUCGUCUCUGUUAACAACACUAUUGCCCAACGUGAGCUUUCAUCGAGCUCGGCACCC